UUAACCUUAAUCACCUUGCUUAAGUCAUUUAAUCUCCAAAGUAAAGCAACCGUAAUUACUUUUAAUGUAACAUUACCGUAAAUCCCAAUUCAUUUCUUCCCAUUUUCACCCAUCAAUUCAAAUUCCGGGACCAGAGAGCCACACUUUCAAACCCCAUUAAUGGAGAAAUAGGCUCUUCAUGAGUUGAAGCAAGUUUUAAUAAUCAUUUCAUCCUCCACUACACGCAUAUAAACUACAAACUUAUCAUGCUUCUUCUUCUAACUUCCCCCAAAUGGACUUGAUUUUCACCCACCAAGAAGAGAGACAACCUGUUCCAAUUACCAAUCAUUCGCUUAACCGCAGUGGCUCCGAUCGUUUCAACCCAUUCUUAACUCUGAGCUGCUGGGUUUCCAAAUCUUCUCAAAAACUGCGUCAUAGAGCUCGAUUUUCGACUGGGUUUUGCUGCGGAGGGAUGGAGUAUAAGGGAAUGGUGGUGAAUAACUCUACGUUUUGUUCUUCCCCUGUUUUUCUUGAAGAAGUUGCGAUCGAAACUGGAGAGAAAUGCGAUGGGUUUGGUGAUGCACGUAAGGUGUUUGAUGAAAAGACUGGGGUUGGGGAAAGUAGUUUAAGUGAUUCCAGUUCUGAUUUGUUGUCAUCGGAAGCAACAGGGCAUGAAGGGCAGAGCCAUGAGGAAGAGUCAUCGUCGUCUUCUUCGUCGACUUUAAUGGGGUGGCCGCUUCACCGGACGGCGGCUGAAGAGCGCAAUUUUGACGGCCGACAACUGGAAACACAAGUGUCACCAGUGUCAGAGACAGAGAUGAUGAAGGAGAGGUUUGCAAAGCUGCUACUGGGAGAAGACAUGUCAGGGUGUGGCAAUGGAGUCUCUACUGCUUUGGCCAUAUCUAAUGCCAUCACCAAUCUCUGUGCCACUCUAUUCGGACAACUAUGGAGAUUACAACCUUUAGCCUCUCACAUAAAAGCAAUGUGGCAAAGAGAAAUGGAAUUGCUGCUCUCUGUUACCAACCACAUCGUCCAACUGAUACCCGUUUCCCAAACAUUCCCAGAUGGAACCAAACUCGAGAUAAUGACUUCCCGCCCUCGUUCAGAUCUUUACGUCAGUCUCCCAGCUCUUCGUAAGCUAGAUCACAUGCUGCUCGAUAUAUUGGAUAGUUUCGUUGAUUCUGCGUUCUGGUAUGUUGAUCAAGGGAUUCUUGCCGCCGCCGACGCCGAUAGGUCUUCCUCGCGGCAAGAGGACAAGUGGUGGCUUCCGAUCCCCAGAGUCCCGAGUGGAUCAGGCCUCUCCGAAGCUGCAAGAAGGCAGCUGCAGCACAAGCGCGACAGCACUAACCAAAUUCUCAAAGCUGUCAUGGCUAUCAACUCCCUUACUCUGGCCGACAUGGAUGUCCCUGCUUCAUAUCUGGAGGCACUUCCAAAAAAUGGACGAGGCAGCUUAGGAGAAGAAAUUUACAGGUACAUUUCGUCGGACGAAUUUUCCCCUGUUUACGUAUUGGAAUGUCUAGAUAUCUCCUCCGAACACCAAGCCGUGGAGAUAGCCAACCGAGUGGAAGCCGCAAUGUACGCAUGGCGGAAUUCAUCACGUUCCACUUCAAAAUCGUCGUGGGAAAUGCUGAAAGAAUUGGUAGUGGAUGCAGAGAAGAGCCAAGUAUUUGCAGAGAGAGCAGAGUCCUUACUCUUGUGCCUCAAACAACAGUUCCCCAAUCUCCCUCAAACCAGCUUAGACAUGAGUAAAAUCCAAUUCAACAAGGAUGUGGGGAAGGCCAUUUUGGAGAGCUACUCACGAGUGCUGGAGAGCUUGGCGUUCAACAUUGUGGCUCGUAUUGAUGAUUUGGUUUAUGUGGAUGAUCUGACGAAGCAUUCCGACCAAAUUCCGGGGAUUUCCCAACUGGGAAUUAGUGGCCGGAUUCAAUUCCCGGUGCCAUUUUCCAGCUCCCCGUUCACCAAACCCAGCUUUUCGGCUGUGGAUCUUGUUACCCUUGCGAAGGGAGGAACACGAUCGCCGAUUCACAAAGAUAUGGUUCAACAACCAGAAAAAUGUAAGUAGAACAUAGGACAAGAUUAUUAAAUUUAAAGAUUGUUGGUGUUGGUGGUGCAAAUAUGUAACAUAAUCUUUAAUUGUAUUACAAGGGUUGAAGCCAAAAUAGAGUUCU